AACUCGAAGUUUGAAAAAAAAAAUAUCAACACUCCAAAACAAACACAGAGUUAUUGAAAGUACUCUAAACGUUUUCCUGGAUUAACUUCACUUUUUUUUCAUUUUAAAGAAUACAACAAGAUGGAGUGGCUCAACCAAACCACUAGUGACCGAUUUCAAUCAACAGAGGAUUUGAAUCAUUUUCUUGCUCACAAGUAUCAAAUCAACACAGUAUUGGUAUCAAUAUUGUUGAGUAUCGGCGUUAUCGGGAACUCGAUUGUGAUCUUGACUUAUCAUUUUCGAAUGAAAAACAAAAGAGAUGAUCGUUAUUUCAUACCAUGCCUUGCGAUCACAAACAUGUUGGCGUGUAUAUCUGCUUCGGUCAUGUCAGUGACGAUGAAUUCGAUUCCAGCCAUGUUUACGUCAGCGUCGUUGUGCAAGGGUCUCAAUUUCGUCACACGAUUGACUUGUGUUGAAUCGUUGACCAUGUUGCUGAUAAUAUCGAUGCAACGAUACAAGAAGAUUUGUACGAAAAGAAGGAAUCGAUUCUCUUUGCUUUGGAAGCGAUUAGCAAUCAUGAUAUCGAUCAUUGUGAGUGCGAUAUUCUCGUUUCCUACGCUGUUAUUUUAUGGCAUACAACAAAUCAAGAAACCUAAAUACAACAACAUUACAGAAUUUCAUUGUGAGCUAACAACUAACAGUGACCACGCCCAAAAUGGCCUACACGCAUAUUUAGCUCUUGUUGCUCUGUUGUUCCUCGGGAUCGUAAUAAGCAUCAGUGUCAUCUACACCCUCAUUGGUAAAAGAAUCCAUUCAAACAUACAGCCGCCUCAGAAGAACGCAAUGUCCACCUCCUAUGACAGUUUACAUUAUAAUUCUUUGUUGAAGUAUUCCAAAUCAGACAGUAAUCUACAGAACAGGCUCCAGGCGCCCCUGGAUGAGUCUUCCGAUGCUAUAUUACAGAAGUUUACCGAGAAAAACGGAGUUCCUCCAAAAAGAAGCCAAUCAGAGGCUGGAAAAAGAAAAUACACCGUGUCAGAGGUCAAAAAGGCGCGGUCAAGAUUGGGAAUAUUUGUGUUCCGAUAUUAUUAUAUGUUUGUCUCCAUAUCUUUUGUGACCUUUGUAUCUUUUAUACCACCAAUCAUCAUCAUGGUACUGGAAGCUAUUGAUUCGGAAGUCAUUGGUGACAUUUCUUCAGACUUCGGAUUUAAUGUCAUUCUACUUCUCCGCCGUAGCUAUCUCUUUAGUUACACCAUUAAUCCAUUUAUGUUUGGUUUGUUCGAUACAACUUUCCGAAAAGCCCUACUCGGGUUUGGCCGAGCCCAUCACCAUGAGGAACUCGUGGAAGAGCCACCCAAACAGUAUUCAUGGGACAAGAGAAGGGAGAUAAAUGUGAAGGACUAUAUGAUAGAGAACCAGUCAGAUUCCACCUUAGGGAGGGUACCAGGCCAGGUCAAUGGACAACAGUUUGUCAUCCAAAACUGCAAGAACUGUAAUAUCUAUGUGUUUGACUACAUAGCAGCCAUUAAUAUAGAUGAUUGUGUGGACUGUAAUAUAUUUCUAGGGCCUGUAAAAUCUAGUGUUUUUAUACGGGAUAGUAAGAACUGUAAAGUUAUUGUGGCCUGCCAGCAGUUCCGCACCCGAGACUGCAGUAAGGUGGACAUAUUUCUCUGCUGUAACACACAGCCUAUUAUUGAGUCAUCCUCCGGAAUGAAAUUUGCCUGUUACCAGUACCACUAUCCUGAACUCAAAAUGCAAUUCAAAAUGGCUGGUCUGAGUGUGUUCAGCAAUAACUGGGGAAACAUCCAUGAUUUCUCACAGGAUCCAGAUGAACAGCACCACUCUCUUCUACCAGAGGACUCCAAGGUAGAGAAUUUUGUGCCCCUCCCCAGUACAGAACAGUUUCAGUCAGUAACCGUGUCCACUUCUAGGGUGGAUAGUGUUGUGCCAUUAACACUGGGUCCCAGGAGAAAGAUCUCAGAUGAGUCCUGUUUGGUUGUAUUUUUCAAUGAUGGCAAGAACUCCAACAUCACAAGAGCAAGACAAUUCAUCGAUAAAUUAUAUGAAAGCAAUGUAAGUUUAUACUUGUUAAACACGAGAUAUAUCGCGGAGCCCAGUGAUGCUAUAUCACAAAAAUGUGGAUAGUUAGAACUAUACAUUCCAUUUGUUCAAAGAGGAUCUGUUAUAGGCUUAGAAUUUAAUGGUGAAGGCUGUAUAGAUAUCAUCCGUGCAGCACUUAAUGCAUUCCAGCAGGAAAAUAUCUGUGACUUUUUCUGUUCUGAAAGUCGCUCAGAAGCUGAGAAAGAGAUUGAAGACUUUUAUAAUUAUGCAGACAUGCAAAUGGCUGUUUGAUGACGAUUAUGGACAAUAUUUUAGAACUUAAGUGUUGUGAAAGUCAAUUUGUACUUAUUUUUAGAAGUGUACAUACAAUGUACAAUAUUUUUUUUAAUGUAGUUCUCUUCAAUAGAUCUGACAAGAAAUGUCUCAAUUAGGCCUCGUUGUGGCAUUAGUUUCAACUGUGAUGUUAGCAUUGUAGAACAAAACGGUGCAUUUAUCAUAUCAAGCAAAGAUACAAUUUAUGAUUAGUAUUUGUGAAGAGCUGAAGUGUUGUAGCUUUUUACAAACUGUAAACGUUGACAUUUAUAUGUGGUGAAUUUUACCAUCAAUGUUAGAAGAAAUUGUUGUUGUAUAAUUUGUUUAGCAUAAAUAAUUCAGGAUCAUGGAAAUGACCACCACACAUACAGAUUCUGGUACAGUUUUAUAUGGUCAAUAAGUAUCCUGUUAACAGUAGGUAGUUAGAAUUUUUAAUCUUUGUAAACCAGAAAAUUGUAAACAAAAAAAAAUAUUUUUCUCUAGGUUCUUUUUUUGCUCAGUACUUUGUUUGCAAUUGGGAUAUUUCAUACAAAGCCAAGAACCUUGUGAUGUUUGCUAUGCCUUUCCUGGACAGGGUUGUACUUUAAAUUGAUAUUUAGGUUGUUAAUCAAAUUAAUGUUUUGUUAUAUGAUAAUGUUUUACAGUUUAGUAUUUUGUGGUAGUUUGUAGCAUAUCAUUAUUUAUUUUACAAUGAACCCACCAAAUGAGAUAAAUCAAUCGCAGUAGUGGUCUCCCUUUUAUAAAUUACAAACACAAUUGUACACUUGGUCAUUUCGGGUUUUCCUGCCAUUGAUUGCAUAUAUGGGAAUUUACCUUUAGAUAGAAUAUAAAAUGUUUAUAUCAUGCCAUUUGAACAAGCAUACUUGUCUGUACUUUUUUUUUUUUUUGCAAAAGUAUCCUAGAUUUCUGUACAUGAAGUGGUUGCUUUUUCCCUGUACAUGUAUUAAUUUACUCACAGAAUUCCGUCCUUUUAUUACUCGUUAUCUGAGUUCUUGAUUUAUAUGAGAUUUGCAAGUUACAUUUUAUUAUUACUCUGAUAGAUUUUAAUUAUAUUCUGUAGGUUCAACACAAUUUUUGUGACUUGUAUGAAGUACAUCUUGCUUCAUGUUUCUAUUUAUUAAACAUAUCAUAAAACAUGCUUUGUAUCAAUGCCUUCAUUGUAUUUAAACAUUCCAUUGUUAUUAAUUAUGAAACUUAAAAUCAGAUAACUAUAUUCAUGGAAGUAAUAAACAUAUAAUAACAUGCAACUUUUUAAUACUGAUAUAAAUUGUAAAGAAUACUGUACAUUUUAAGAUGGUGCAAUGAACACACAUAUUUAAAAAAAAGUAACAUAGUUUUACAUGUACAUGUACAUAUAUUUUCAUUGAAAUUGUCAAUGUCAUAUGUGUAAUGUGAAUUGAUAGAAAAGUAAAUCCAUUCAAAUUGUC